AUGCACUCUGUUCAUGGUGGACCACAGGUCGAAGCCAUUCUGAGAUUGUUCGGAAAAGGGCAUGAUGCAUUUAGCCACUCGCAAUUUCUGAAUAUAAUUUACUCUUCUUCCAAGUCACGAGAGUAUACGUUUGUUGCACCUGCAGGGGUAGGGCAUUUCGAUCAGAUGCUCCUCCAUGAGGAUGAUACUGCACUAUUGAAGGCUAGAGUCUAUGGUCGCCAGAGAGAGACCACUUGGUGUCGAAGGUAG